CUGUAAUAUGCUAGAGGAAAUUACCAUGCUGUGUUAACCAUUAGCCCAUGUGGGACAUUAGGAAAUGGGAUUGAAUAGAAAAACUGACCCGGCCUUUGAAUAACAGGUGAUCACAUCUUUGGGGAAAAUUGCAAAUUAAGCAUAUUUUCCUGUGAGAUUAAGCCGAACUGUUUCGGAAACUUGGAUAGUUUGCAAGCGAUCUGAUUUGAGCGCACCGCGACCUAAAUAAUGGCCAGGGGUUGAAGUGCGGAGAGAACUUCUAAAACAUACAAGAAAAACUGGAUUUUGAACUCAACUAAAAGUUAGACUUUUUAUGUAGUCACAUAGCGGUUCACUCAUCACAUCCAACUGUGACAAUCCCUCGCACCGGCUAACGAGUGCGCACAAAGAUGGCAUUCCUCUGGAGACGCGCUUCUCCGGGGCUGUGGAAACAAAUAAUGGCUCCGCUUGUCUUGCUCUUGUGCAACAGGCUUGUGGCCAAUGCGGACGAUGACACUUUCAACGCAGAGGUGCAGUAUUUUAUAUGAAUGUCAUAAUAUGGAUAAGAGCGUUUGCUAAAUAUGGACGUUUUUUUAAUGGAAUUGUGGCAGUCCGGCAUUGCAUGACCAUGAUCUCUAUUAGCCUGGUCUAACAUUUACAUUUUAGCGACUUACAGUUAGUGAGUGCAUACAUUCUUUCAUACUGGCCCCCCGUGGGAAUCGAACACACAACCCUGGCGUUGCAAACGCCAUGCUCUACCAACUGAGCUACACGGGGCCUCAGAUAGUGAUGAUCUAAAUGGUCUUCACUGAUCUUUUAAUCUUCUAAUGACUUCUCAUGUUUUUGACAUCACUGGUCAACAAGGCAUGCACAAAUUAUUGGAAAUAUUUGGUGUGCAGAUUUAUGACCCUUGACCUUUUCCUAACUUUCUCACUUCCAUAUAUGGCAGGCAUAUUAGGAUUAAUUAUGUGUUGGGGAAAAGUUUGACCUCUAGGUUAAAACUCAAUUUACAUGCCUGUAAAUGACAGAAUCACUGUGCUGCUUUUCCUACAGCCAUGUUGUCUUUAGGGUGGCUGAUUUCUCUUGCUCUUCUGCUCUCUCUCUCGCCUGUGUGUGUGUGUGUGCAAUGCAUGCCUGUUUACAGAGAACGCAUGAACUCUCCAGCUGUGCUCAGUGGGCCCAUUACCUUUUUUAAUUCCCCUUUCAAGGGUUUACAAAGGCAAGCUCUCUGUGCUAUGACUUGGUUGGGUGUCUUUCAUUUGUUUCCAUUGGAUUAUUGAGUGUAUGUUAAUCUUGCAUGCCAGACUUUCCAGCCAGAUAUAUUUCUGGUUCUGGUUAGAUUAAUGGUGUGUGUGUAUCUAUAUAUAUAUAUAUAUAUAUAUAUAUAUAUAUAUAUAUACUGAACAAAAAUAUAAACGCAACAUGUAAAGUGUAAUAAUGUUCUGGGAUCUGAAAUAAAAGAUCCCAGAACAUUUACAGCUUAUUUCUCUCAAAUUUUGUGCACAAAUUUGAUUACAUCCCUGUUAGUGAGCAUUUCUCAUUUGCUAAGUUAAUCCAUCCACCUGAUAGGUGUGGCAUGUCAAGAAACUGAAUAAACAGCAUGAUCAUUACACAGGUGCACCUUGUGCUGGGGACAAUAAAAGGCCACUCUAAAAUGUGCAGUUUUUUCACACAACACAAUGCCACAGAUGUCUCAAGUUUUGAGGGAGCGUGCAAUUGGCAUGCUGACUGCAGGAAUGUCCACCAGAGCUGUUGCCAGAUGAUUAAAUGUAAUUUCUGUACUAUAAGCCGCCUCCAAUGUCAUUUUAGAGAAUUUGGCAGUACGUCCAACCAGCCUCACAACUGCAGACCACGUGUAACCAUGCCAGCCCAGGACCUCCACAUCCGGCUUCUUCACCAGCGGGAUCAUCUGAGACCAGCCAGCCAGACAGCUGAUGAAAUUGUGGGUUUGCACAACCGAAGAAUUUCUGUACAAACUGUCAGAAACUGUCUCAAGGAAGCUCAUCUGCAUGCUCGUCGUCCUCACCAGGGUCUUGACCUGACUGCAUUUCGGUGUUAUAAGUGACUUCAGUGGGCAAAUGCUCACCUUUGAUGGCCACUGGCAGGCUGAAGAAGUGUGCUCUUCACGGAUGAAUCCCGGUUUCAACUGUACCGAGCAGAUGGCAGACAGUGUGUAUGGCGUCGUGUGGGCGAUCGGUUUGCUGAUGUCAACGUUGUGAACAGAGUGCCCCAUGGUGGCGGUGGGGUUAUGGUAUGGGCAGGCAUAAGCUACAGACAACGAACAAAAUGGCAAUUUGAAUGCACAGAGAUACCGUGACGAGAUCCUGAGGCCCAUUGUCUUGCCAUUCAUCCGCUGUCAACACCUCAUGUUUCAGCAUGAUAAUACACUGCCCCAUGUCGCAAGGAUCUGUACACAAUUCCUGGAAGCUGAAAAUGUCCAAGUUCUUCAAUUGCCUGCAUACUCACCGGACAUGCCACCCAUUGAGUAUGUUUGGGAUGCUCUAGAUUGAUGUGUACGACAGCGUGUUCCAGUUCCUGCCAAUGUCCUCCAACUUCGCACAGCCAUUGAAGAGGAGUGGGACAACAUUUCACAGGCCACAAUCAACAGCCUGAUCAACUCUAUGCAAAGGAGACGUGUCGUGCUGCAUGAGGCAAAUGAGGUCACACCAGGUUUUCUGAUCCAUGCCCCUACUUUUUAAAAUAAUAAUAAUAUGUCAUUUAGCAGACGCUUUUAUCCAAAGCAACUUACAGACAUGUGCGCAUACAUUUUUACGUAUGGGUGGUCCCUGGGAUCGAACCCACUACCUUGGCGUUACAAGCGCCAUGCUCUACCAAUUGAGCUACAGAGGACCUGUGAUCAACAGAUGCAUAUCUGUAUUCCCAGUCAUGUGAAAUCCAUAAAUUAGGGCCUAAUAAAUGUAUUUAAAUUGACUGAUUUCCAUAUGUGAACUGUAACUCAGUAAAAUUGUUGCAUUUUGAGUUUAUAUUUUUGUUCAGUGUGUGUGUGUGUGUGUGUAUACUGUAUAUAUGUAUAUACACUACCGUUCAAAAGUUUGGGGUCACUUAGAAAUGUCGUACAACGCUGUGUACUACUCCCUUCACAGAACAGCGCAAACUGGCUCUAACCAGAAUAGAAAGAGGAGUGGGAGGCAGAAUUCCAAAGGAAAAGCCAUAUCUCAGACUGGCCAAUAAAAAUUUAAGAUUAAGAUGGGCAGUCUGAGAAAUGGCUUUUUCUUUGCAACUCUGCCUAGAAGGUCAGCAUCCCGGAGUCGCCUCUUCACUGGUGACGUUGAGACUGGUGUUUUGCGGGUACUAUUUAAUGAAGCUGCCAGUUGAGAACCUGUGAGGCGUCUGUUUCUCAAACUAGACACUUGCUCCUCUAUUUGUCCUCUUGCUCAGUUGUGCACCGGGGCCUCCCACUCCUCUUUCUAUUCUGGUUAGAGCCAGUUUGCGCUGUUCUGUGAAGGGAGUAGUACACAGCGUUGUACGAGAUCUUCAGUUUCUUGGCAAUUUUUCACAUGGAAUAGCCUUCAUUUGUCAGAACAAGAAUAGACUGACGAGUUUCAGAACAAAGUUAUUUGUUUCUGGCCAUUUUGAGCCUGUAAUUGAACCCACAAUUGCUGAUGCUCCAGAUACUCAACUAGCCUCAAGAAGGGCAGUUUUAUUGCUUCUUUAAUCAGCACAACAGUUUUCAGCUGUGCUAACAUAAUUGCAAAAGGGUUUUCUAAUGAUCAAUUAGCCUUUUAAAAUGAUAAACUUGGAUUAGCGAGCACAUUGUGCCAUUGGAACACAGGACUGAUGGUUGCUGAUAAUGGACCUCUGUACGCCUAUGUAGAUAUUCCAUUAAAAAUCAGCCGUUUCCAGCUACAAUAGCCAUUUACAACAUUAACAAUGUCUACACUGUAUUUCUGAUCAAUUUUAUGUUCUUUUAAUGGACAAAAUAAUUGCUUUUCUUUCGAAAACAAGGACAUUUCUAAGUGAGCCCAAACUUUUGAACGGUAGUGUGUGUGUGUGUGUGUGUGUGUGUGUGUGUGUGUGUGUGUGUGUGUGUGUGUGUGUGUGUGUGUGUGUGUGUGUGUGUGUGUGUGUGUGUGUGUGUGUGUGUGUGUGUGUGUGUGUGUGUGUGUGUGUGUGUGUGUGUGUGUGUGUGUGUGUGUGUGUGUGUGUGUGUGUGUGUGUGUGUGUGUGUGUGUGUGUGUGUGUGUGUGUGUGUGUGUGUGUGUGUGUGUGUGUGUGUGUGUGUGUGUAUAUAUAUGUGGUCCUCUGUAGCUCAGCUGGUAGAGCAUGGCGCUUGUAACGCCAGGGUAGUGGGUUCGAUCCCCUGGACCACCCAUACACAAAAAAAAUGUAUGCACACAUGACUGUAAGUCGCUUUGGAUAAAAGCAUCUGCUAAAUGGCUUAUUAUUAUAUAUAUAUAUAGUACAGUUGAAUAUAGACAGUUGAGUCUUCUUUUUCUUUUUUUACAUUUCCUGUACAUAUUGUAAGUUAUUUGUUUUGUGUUGACUAACUGUAAGUCUCUCUGGAUAAGAGCGUCUGCUAAAUGACAAAAAUGUAAUGUAAAUGUGUUGAAGAGAGACACAUUGGUUUCCAUACCCUGUAAACCGUCUAUGGACAAGGUAUGACAGCAAUCCAUGGUUUGGUUUCCCUGGCACUGUUUCCAGAUUUGUGGCACAAAUCCCAUUCAAGUCAUGGGACCGAUAUUAUCAUUUUUCGCGCAUUAUGUCCAAAUCAUCCGAAAGUAUCUAAAAUUGAUUGUAACUUGAAUGGGAUUUGUACCACAAAUGCUAAAACGUUAGCAUGUGGAAACAGUGCCAGGGAAAGUAAAUCAAGGCAUGGAUUUCUGCCAUACCUUAUCCAUAUACUACUUACAGGGUAAGGAAACCAAUGUCAUUUUGUAAUUUGGGUGAACUGUCCCUUUAACAGCUUAUAUUCCAAAGCUUUUACUAUUAGACCAUAUGACGCCUGCUCUGUCUGUCCUAUUAACCACAGGAUCGGAUCAGUAGAUAUCUAAGCUGCCAAUAAGGAGGUGCGACUCAAAGGAGGAAUGCCAUAGAAACCAUCUGUUUCUCUGUCCUCUGUCUCUAUUUUUCUAUUUUUUAACCCCUCUCUCUCCCCAUUUGUUGUUUCUCUCUCAUUCUCUUUGUCGCUUUCUCUAUCUCUCUCUGGCUCUUUCUCUGUCACUCAUUCACUCACACACACUCACUCACUCUCUCUCCAUCUCUCUAUCCCUGUUGUGUAAUUGUAGUCUUGGUUGCGGAGUUUUGGCUACCUGUCCCAGGCCAGUAGACAAAUGUCCACCAUGCAGUCCUCUCAGAUCCUGUCAAAUGCCGUCAGCGACAUGCAGCGCUUCUAUGGCCUGGAGGUCACUGGAGAGAUGGACACUGCCACACUGAAGUAUGGAUGGCACUGACAGCCUAAAUUAUACUAUUCUCCUAGUGUCUGCAGCCCACCAGGUUGACUGUACAGCCUGAUAGACUAAAUUGAUAAUGAUGUCAAGAUAAUGUAGGGUCAUGAUUACAUUUAUAGAGCUAUUCUGAGCCAGAUAAAAGUUGCACCUCCUGGUCUAGGAGUAUGGAACCACUCUCUAGCCUUAAAUUAACAUUAAUGUAUCUAAUCUUAUCUGUGGUUAUUAGGGCUCUUUUCAAUUGUGUUUUUCUCUCUUCCCUUUAGGGCCAUGAGAAGGCCUCGCUGUGGAGUCCCAGACAAAUCUUUUGGGCAGACUGAGAACGGUGUGAGGCGGAAACGCUACACUCUCACUGACCAGAGGUGGGACAAGAACCAUCUGACCUACAGGUGUGUGGUAGGUCUAUGUAUGCUGGGGGAUUCUAAGAAAACAAUUUUGGGAAUCUCACAGAUUUCCCCCUGCUUGAACUGACGGCCGUGCAAAGCGUCAAUAUUAACAAUAUGUCAAAGAUAACUGCAUUCCCAUAUGUGUAUAGACCACUGACAACACAUACUUCAUUUGUAAUGACCCUCUCUAUAUAUACUGAACAAAAAUAUAAAUGCAACAUGCAACAAUUUCAUAGAUUUUACUGAGUUACAGUUCAUAUAAGGAAAACAGUCAAUUGAAAUAAAUUCAUUAGGCCCUAAUAUAUGGAUUUCACAUGACUGGGAAUACAGAUAUGCAUCUGUUGGUCACAGAUACCUUUAAAAAAAGGUAGGGGUGUGGAUUAGAUGUAAGAUCUGCUGUGGAUCUAGUGUGACCACCAUUUGCCUCAUGCAGCGCGACACAUCUCCUUCGCAUAGAGUUGAUAAGGGUGUUGAUUGUGGCCUGUGGAAUGUUGUCCCACUCCUCUUCAAUGGCUGUGCGAAGUUGGAGGACAUUGGCAGGAACUGGAACACGCUGUCGUACACAUCAAUCUAGAGCAUCUCAACCAUUCCCAAUGGGUGGCAUGUCUGGUGAGUAUGCAGCCCAUUGAAGAACUGGGAAAUGUUCAGCUUCCAGGAAUUGUGUACAGAUCCUUGUGACACGGGGCUGUGCAUUAUCAUGCUGAAACAUGAGGUGAUGGUGGCGGAUGAAUGGCACGACAAUGGGCCUCAGGAUCUCGUCAAUUGCCAUCGAUAAAAUGCAAUUGUGUUCAUUGUCCGUAGCUUAUGCCUGCCCAUACUAUAACCCCAACGCCACCAUGGGGCACUCUGUUCACAAUGCUGACGUCAGCAAACCGCUCACCCACACAACGUCAUACACGUGGUCUGCGGUUGUGAGGCCGGUUGGACGUACUGCCAAAUUCUCUAAAACUACAUUGGAGGCAGCAUAUCGUAGAGAAAUGAACAUUCAAUUCUCUGGCAACAGCUCUGGUGGACAUUCCUGCAGUCAGCAUGCCAAUUGCACGCUCCCUCAAAACUUGAGACAUCUGUGGUAUUGUGUUGUGUGACAAAACUGCACAUUUUAGAGUGCCCAUUUAUUGUCCCCAGCACAAGGUGCACCUGCGUAAUGAUCAUGCUGUUUAAUCAGCUUCUUGAAAUGCCACACCUGUCAGGUGGAUGGAUUAUCUUGGCAAAGGAGAAAUGCUCACUAACAUGGAUGUAAACAAAUUUGUGCACAAAAUUUGAGAGAAAUAAGCUUCUUGUGCGUAUGGAAAAUGUAUUGGAUCAUUUAUUUCAGCUCAUGAAACAUGGGACCAACAUUUUACAUGUUGCGUUUAUAUUUUUGUUCAGUGUAGUAUGUGUAAGUGCUAAGAAUAUCUUGUCCUUUCCUCAACCCCCUCUCCCAGCAUUAUGAAUACUACCCCAAAGGUCGGUGAAGAGAGGACACAGGAGGCCAUCCGCAAGGCCUUUGAGGUGUGGGAGCAUGUGACACCGCUGAGCUUUGAAGAAAUCGCUUUCCAAGACAUCACCAACAGCAGCCAGGACGCGCUAGAUAUCAUGCUGUUGUUUGCCUCUGGUUUCCAUGGAGACAUGUCUCUGUUUGACGGCGAAGGGGGGUCACUGGCUCAUGCCUACUACCCAGGGCCCGGUAUGGGUGGAGACACACACUUUGACGCAGACGAACCGUGGACACUUGACAACCAUAAUCCAUCAGGUUAGGUAGACACUUUGUCCCCUUUGCCCCCUUUGUCCCCUCAAUCAGUCAUUAUAUACAGACAAAUUACUGCUACUAUUUCCACGUCAUUUUCAUCAAAAUGAAUGCCCUAUUAAUAUCUUUUGAUAUUUAUUUUCUUUCCUUCCUAUCUUUCUCUCUCCCUCUCUCCAUUCCUCCCUCUUCUCCCCCCAGGUAUUGACCUGUUCCUGGUUGCGGUGCAUGAGCUGGGCCAUGCUCUGGGUCUGGAGCACUCUAAUAACCCCAAUGCCAUCAUGGCUCCCUUGUACAAGUAUAUGGACACAAAGACCUUUUCACUCCCAGAGGAUGACAGGAAUGGAAUACAGAAGAUAUAUGGUGAGGAGCCCUUCCUUAGGCCCCCACAACACACACACACACACACACACACACACACAUACACAUACACACACACACACACACACAUACACACGCACGCAUGAACACCCACAUGCACACACACACAAUAGACCCCCUUCAAUUGAGAUUCUCCCUCACAGGGUCAUGCCAUACAUGCCUUUACAAUGACCUUACUCUUUCCAUGACUGAAUAGAAGUCAUUGUGCGUUUGUGUGUCAUAGAACUAGUGAAUGUUUGUAUGUGCACUGCAGACACACUGAAGAUAGUAUUUAGUGAUCCUUAUCGAAGUUCACACUCAUAGUUAAACAGAUACUUCAGGAUUUUGGCAAUGAGGCCCUUUAUCUACUUCCUCAGAGUCAGAUGAACUUGUGGAUACCAUUUUUAUGUCUCUGUGUCCAGUAAGAAGGAAGUUAGAGAUAGCUUCGCGAGCCAAUGCUAACCGUCAUUAGCAAUUGCGCUAGUUAGCAACUUCCUUCAAACUGCACGCAGAGACACAAAAAUGGCAUCCACGAGUUCAUCUCUGGGCAAGUAGAUAAAGGGCCUCAUUGCCAAAAUCCUGAAGUAUCCCUUUAAAGGUUGUGAGUCUUGUGUAAGUACUGUAUGUCUGUUUUUCCUCUCUGUGUCAAUGUGCAACCAGGAAGGCUUCCUUCCCAAUAAGCUUCAUGGGCUUCCUGCCACAGCACGGAGUGGAAAAUUAGACUCUCUGUGUGUGUGUGUGCGCUUGUGCGCAAACAAGCAACAGAGGGAGAGGGAGGGGGGGGGGGGGACAGAGCAAGCAGGGAUAUGUGUUAGAUUCAUUUAUUCAAACUUGUGGCAUUUAUAAUGUCAUCAUCUUGAAUUUUGCAGGACCUCCAGACGAUGCGUCCACUCAGGACCCACCCACCACCACCAAUGAUGACACCACCCCUCACCAAGACCCCACCACUACUGCUCCUCCAGAUCUAGACCCCACCACCACCCCUUAUAGUUCUCUUGAGACAGACCCCCCCAGCCCCACCUAUGACCCUGAUACCCCAGACCAACAAGAACCAGAACCAGAUCCCACAGACGCACCUCACCUCCCUCCAAUACCUGACCCAGAACCCACCAUCCCCUGGCCUGACGCUGUGCCGGUGACCCCCUACAUCAGGAGAGAUAAGCCUCGUGGCCCCAUGCAGCCAGACCACACCGCCCCCGACAUCUGUGACGGGGACUUUGAUACGGUCACCAUGCUGCGAGGGGAGAUGUUUGUCUUCAAGGUGAGAAGCAGGGCUAUUCUAAGAAUACACCGUUUUUGUUUAGUUUGAUUAAUUCAUACUCCCAAAAAAGAAGAAUGAAGUUAGUAAAUAUGUUCUGAUGGUGUCUUCUGUCCUUGCCAGGGUCACUGGUUCUGGAGAGUUAGAAGGAACCAUGUUCUGGACAACUACCCAAUGCCCAUUUCUGUCUUCUGGGUUGGACUACCUGAUGAUAUAGACUCUGGCUAUGAACGGCAUGAUGGGAAAUUUGUUUUUUUCAAAGGUCUAUAUUUUCCUUGAAUCUCAUAUGAAGUUUAUUUUUUGUAGAAUUGUUGAAAGGUACUUGGGUCUAUACACUCUAGAAACACAGUGACCAAGAUAUCAUCCUUCUCCACUGCAUUCCUCUUGUUUAAAACUACAGUCAGGGGAUUAAGCUCAUGGGGUGCAGCUAGCAGCAGUGGAAAGCAGCUGGCAGGCCUGGAUGGAUUGCAUCAGUCGCUGCUCCAGAUGCUGAUUUCUAAGGUUUCACUUUGAGUAGAGAAUAAGAAUUGGAGGGGAUAGAGUAGAGCAGGGGUACGGGCUGCACCAUUUCUUUAUGUGUUCUGACUCUUUUUACUUUCUGUGUGUUCUCACAUGAAGGAGAAUCAAUAGUUGCAUUAGUAGUCUGUUUACAGCGGUUGAAUGUUCUUUAGUGUUUUUAAGAGUGCUAUAUUUUUGGCUCUGUUAUUGGAAACUUUGUUUGUUGAAUCUGAGAUAACAAAUCACUGGCAUCAAAUCUUGCAAAUGAAGCCUGUGCUUAACUUCUCUUUCCUCUCUUCUCACAUCUUCCUCUUCUUUAUGGUCCUCUCCACCCUCUGUCCUCUACCCUCUCCUCUUGUCCUCUACCCUCUCCUCUGUCCUCUACCCUCUCCUCUGUCCUCCGCCCUCUACCCUCUCCUCUGUCUACCCUCUCCUCUGUCCUCUACCCUCUCCUCUGUCCUCUACCCUCUCCUCUGUCCUCUACCCUCUCCUCUGCCCUCUACCCUGUCCUCUGUCCUCUCCCUGUGUAGGGGACAGGUACUGGGUGUUCAGGGAGGCUGAUGUGGUGCCUGGUUACCCCCAGCCCCUGGUAGAGUAUGGUCAGGGCAUCCCCUCAGACAGGAUCGACACAGCCAUCUGGUGGGAGCCCACCGGCUACACAUACUUCUUCAGAGGAGACAGGUGACCACAUGCCCCCGAAUGCCUUGCUUUUACCCUACCAUACCUGAUCUCAACUAACUGACUGAUUAAUUAUAUUUUUUGUAGUGUGAAAUGAUACAUGUGAAAGUUAAAUGACAUUCAUUUAGUCAAGGGAAAGCAGUUUUAGCCCUGACUUUUGAGAGACAGAAAGACAUACAGUACGUUUCUUUGUGGUAGUAAUCAUCAGUCCAUUGAACUGCUAUGUGUUUAAUCAUCUCUCUUGUCACCUGCAGAUACUGGCGUUUUGAUGAAGAGUCCCGCACGGGUGACAGAGACUACCCUAAACCUGUCUCCAGGUGGGGCAAGGUCCCAUCCUCUCCUAAAGGAGCCUUCCUCAGCGACGAUGGUGGUGAGUGAGUCACUAUAAGGGAAACUGGCCGUAAAAAUGGAGGGAGGCUAUAGAUUCUGAGCUGAGAGGGGAAAGGGUUGGGACGCAUGAGAUCUUUGGUUUGGAGAGGCGCCCAUGCUUCACCCAAAAAUGGAGUGCCUGGCACAAGUAGUCUAAUGUAGACGUCUCAGAAUUUCCCACCCCAGCUAAUGCUUUUCAAAGUGGUUUCCUAUAGUGAAAAAACAAAUCUGAUGGUCCAAAUGUCUUCCAGAUAAGUUGUUUUCAUCAAAAGGGAAAGGUACUUGUGAAGGAGAAUUAAAAACAGUCUCUAGUCCAAGUGAAGCUUCACAGUACUGUAACUAUCACUAGCACGGCUCGGCAAUGACACUAUCCUGUGAAGUGUGAUGAACUUGUGUCAUAAUGAAUAAACAGUUGGAUCAGAAGAUGCAUAGCCAAAACAAUUAACAAUGGCUCAGACUUAAAAAUAGCAUCAACAAUAUUUUGUCUUCCCCUACCUACCCAGCUUACACCUACUUCUACAAGGGCUCCAAGUACUGGAGGUUUGAUAACCAGAAAAUGAAGGAUGACCCAGGCUACCCCAGAUCCAUCCUUAAAGACUUUAUGGGCUGUGAUGGAGCCCCGGACGUGGACCCAGACCCAGAUACAGAUGAUACAGUUACAGGCCGCAAGUGGCCCACAGUAGACCAACCAAAACAACAACCACCAGUUGGUUCAGACCCGGAUGAUGUGGACCGAGACACAGAUAAGGAUUACACCAACGAUGUGGAUUAUGAACCUGAUGCAGAGGACAAAGAGGUGGAUGUUGUGGUGAGGAUGGCUGAGAACGAGGCCAAGGUUAUGACCCUGAUCAUGGUGACGGUGCCGCUGGUCCUGGUGCUGUGCAUCCUACUAUUGAUCUAUGCUAUUAUUAACACCCUGCAGAAGAAAGAGGCGCCCAGACUUUUGGUCCAUUGCAAACGAUCCCUGCAAGAGUGGGUUUGAUGUGAUCCAGAACUGGAUUCACACAUACAUACACGCGCACUCACACACAUACACACACACACACACCAUACAAAGGCACAUGCAGUUUGCAUACGUACACACACAAACAUUAAAUAAAAAUACAAGCACAUAAUCUCCCUAUCUUUCCCCCUUUACCAGUUUAUAACAGACAAUUUGCACUUUUAACACCCUGUGUUUAGAUUUGUUUUGUUGGUAGUUUGUUGCGGUUUGAGUUUCUUAUGUGUUUAAGCCAAAGAUUUCCACGAAUGUCCUUAUAAAACAGAGGUGGUGCGUGUCUACAACCAGCA